UAAGUAUUACAAGUUAAGCAUUAAUUAGAUAAUGAUCCAUUGCAUGUUAAACAUGUUUAAUGACAGGCUAAAGAUAAUAGUUAAGUAUACUUAUGCAUAUAGGAUUAUUAGGUUAAUCAUACGAUUUAAGUGGACAAGCACAAGAUUAAUUAGUACCAAGUUCUCGAUUGGAUAAAGGAGGACAUGAUAUACAAGUUUCAGUUGUCAGAAUACAGUUGUUACAUCGAUAUGAACAUUCUAUUUAAUUGUUUUUAAAUUAAUACUAUGGCACAUUGGAUCACCAAUUGUAAUUUCAAUGUAUUGAUCAUUACAUAAACAUUAAUUAGCCUUGACAAAUCUAUUGUUAGUGGUUGCGCAUGAAAUGCAAUUAUUAGCUAAAGGGCCAAAACAAGUCAUACAAGUAUAAUGAC